ACUCUAAAUUUCACGUCGACACCCACUGAGGCGCAAAACUCUCACCCAUCUCUCCCCCUUCCGUUCGCAGAGAACCCAACCGGUGAACCAGAUGGAAGAAGCCGCCGCCGCCGUCGGAGAGUCCCGUGAUCCGCCGCCGCCGCCACCUCCGGAGGAUCCCUCUCUUGCGGAAACCUCCUCCUCGGCCGUCGCCGCCGAUGUUCCGGGGGCGCCUCCGCCUCCCGGCGUGCGGGGGGUUGCGGCGGCGAUGGAGGCGGUGGAGCGGGACGCCGCCGCCAUCGCCGAGAGCUACGCCUCCCUCUUCUCCUCCCUACGCUUCGCCCUCUCCAACGUCACCUCCACGUCGGCGGAGAAUAUGGAGUGCUUGGGAGACGUCGCCGGCCGCCUCCAGGAAUCCGCGCUCGAAGCGUCUUCGAAGGGAAAUAAAUACAUCAAUUCGUGCGUGAGGUUGAAUGAGGAAAUGAGAGGGCUGGAAAGCCUAGCCAUGCAACUAAAGAUUCUACGGAAGAAUGUUGAUUCAUUAGACUUGGCUGUCAAUCAGUUGCUCCGCCUCCCCUAGUCAGUGGAUACUAUCAGUAGCAUGUACAAGGAUCUUGUAAGGAAAUUUGUACACCAGAUACGUCAUGUGUUUUAGUUCAAGGCAAUCAACUGCUGCAAAUAUGAAGCGGCUUAUACCAAGCAAAAGAAGACUUUUCCCCUUCCAUGGCAUGAUGAAACACACCUAACUCUUGUGUUUUUUUUUAAAAUGAACUCUUGAGUUGAUUUACGCUUCCAUCUUAUGUGUAUUUAUAAACAAUGCUAUGCAUUUUUUGAGAAACAGCGCUAGGCAAAUCUUACAUCUUUAUCUUGUGAUGUGUGAGUGAAUUGUGUUCGUAAAAUGGGCCAUUCAACCCAUGGACCAUGGUCACACAAGCCGGUUAUACUCUGUAUAUCAGAAAAAAAUGGCAAUAAAGGUUUUUGUGUUA